AUGAUUGGAUGUAAAAUUGAAAAUGUAGAAAUAGAGGCCUUUGCAGGACUGAAGCACCUAGAAUGGCUGCGGCUAAAUGGAAACAGACUUUCAAAUAUCCAAGAUAACGAGGGGUAUCCAUACGAUUACGGUCUUCCGAAACAUCCUUGUCGUACACCUAUUAUGUCAAACUAUUCUGUAAUAGGCCCCUUUUACCAGACGCUACCCCAUAACAGACCUAAAGGUCAAAAACUUGCGUGCAAGUUUGCCAAGGACAAUGAAUUUAAUACGACUGCAUCAACCUGCCCUAAUUUCGAGGUGCUGAAUGCAAACAACGUGAGGCGUACUUUAGAAGGAUAUCCAGUGCCAAGGAAUCGGCAAAUAGCUUUCGUGGGAAACGGUACAGUUUAUUAUAAUGAAGAGUUUGUUCCAUCGCCUCCUGAGGGUUAUAAAACGGAACCUGUGCAGUGUUGUCCUCAGGAGGCGUGCCCUUCGUGGGUUAGUCCAAAGGGAACAUGUGCCGUGAUGGUUCCUUUAGGGGUUGCUGAAGCUCCUGGCAGAUGUUAUCAGGUCGAAACUAGGUGUGUUGAUACCCAGACAAGUGAUGCUCGACUUCCAGUAGACAAUAGUGAAGGUGUUCUCAAACCACUGCCACAAGUAUCUAACGCUAAAUGUGCAUCCGAUAUCUGUUCCGAAAGCCCAGACGAGGGCUAUGUGGGGGAUGCAAACGAUAUG